AUGCAGAUAAUAGUUGUAAUACACGGACGUGAACUAGUCUCCUCCGUCGCAUAUAAAAAGAACUCGUUAUGCUGUUUCAGUUUAAAGUCCACAAUUGUUGUAUAUUCUCACAUGGAAAAAGAACAAGAUUCAUCGCUUCCUGCUCUUAAUUGUCAAGAAACCAAUCCUAUCCUUUCGUCAGAUGGAUGUGAAGGCGAUGAAGUGCCUAACGAUGACGAAUAUAUGGACACAGAUCAUGAAUCUGUUGACAAUCAAGAAAAUAUUAAGUGCGACCUGUGUGAAUCAAUUCCAGGUCUUUACCGGCUACUGGAUUUGUGUAAAGAUGAAGGCACAAAUGGUUUAGUCGACAAGAUCAUUAUUUCAAAGGAACACAUAAAGAAGCUAUGCAAUGAAAUAGUCUUAAACAGCUACAGAUCGAUUUCGAAAAUUCGCUUCGAACAAUUAAAUACUCGCCGAAUCUAUCUUAUUGGUUGUUACGGAAGAAAUGCACUCAUCGCCAAACUUUUAUUGAAGAAAGGUUUCAUCGAUCAAUCCAUAUAUGAAUCGCUUUUGAUUCCUCAUGGUUCGAGCGCGGUUAACGGAAAACGUCCGGUUCCCAUCUUAAGGCCCGGUAUAUAUCUUCAGAAAAUGGAUGACGAACAUUCAAAGUUCAUGGUUAUACAUUGGAGUGAAGAAGGCUGUUACAAGGACUCCGCAUCGUCUUACCUAAAGAAAAAUAUGAUCAACUUGCACAGAUACUUGACUAAAAUUACAAAUCAUCAAAUAUGUCUCAUGGAUGAAAGUGACUUGGAAGAUUUCGACUGGCAAAUAUUUGGAAAAGAUGCAGAAGUUCACGACGAAGAUGGAUCCGAUGAUUCCACUGAUGAUAGUAUUGUUUAUAACUUUGAAGUUAAGAAGAGUCAAGAGCAAAAGGAAAAUUUUGAACUCUUUCCGGGAUUUGACCUACCAUUUUCGAGAUUGGUGCAUCCUGACGACGACCAUACGUUGAAUCCAUUGAUUGUUGAAUCCGUGUCAAAUCAAACUUUUCUUACCCGGGAAAUGGUCCCAGCCACAAAGAAUAUUGAACGAAACCAUCAAUCAUUUGAGUCCAUUGGCAAAUUGCAGGAAUACUUUCGACAAAAGCUUGAAAUUCAGAAGUGCGCCCUUAAAUUUGACCGCUUUCGUAUGACCCUUGAUAAACUAAAAAUUAUCGUUAAGGACAUCAUGAAGCUUCCGAAACUUUUUGAGCCUUAUGAAGCGGAAUUGCAAUCUCUUAAUAAGAUUAAAACUGAAAAUAAACAAAAAGUAAGAAAUGAGGUUCAGGCGGACAUGAAGUUAAUAGAAAGAUAUGUGCAACAUCUUUUAAAAAAAGCUUAUAGGUACAAGAAAAACUUGGUACACGAUGUAUUCUUUGAUGAAGAGAGAAACUUCAAUAAUUUGGUAAAAAAAUACACAUUGGAGGAGGAAAAUCGUGGUUUAAUGGAUUACAUUUGGAAAAGAAAUGAAACUGCAAAAGACAUAAUAAAUAGUGUUAAGGAAGAAGCCAGAAAGACUCCCGAUAACGAAUUUUUAUACCAACUUUUCGAACUCGAAGACGAAUCUAUCGUGGCCAAGUUUUUGGAAAAAUAUGAGCAUUGGAAAAAGUUUACUUUCGUUUAUAAAGAAAGGCAGAUCAUUCAAAGCAUUGAACAAGAAGCUGUGAAAAGUCGAGAUAAGUCUAAUGACAUUGAAUAUGAGAGAGAAGUUCGAAACAUUGAAAGGAAACAUAUUAACGAGAUAUGUGGUCAGCUUGAAUCGAUAUAUUUGACGGGUGACCUUUUGACUAUUUUAGAUGUAGAACGCACAGAGCAUAGAUAUAACGUUUAUAAACCAAUUUCAUUUCGACUAUUCCGUGAAAUUGAAAUCCCUCGCCCAGAACAAUUAUGCCUUACCAUAUUCAGCACACAACUCAGCCAAGCAGAUGCGCUUGAAAUGAAUAAGAAUGAGCUCUUUGUACCACAACCUAUGAUAAAUUCGUAUGAUAGAAACCCCGGUGUUUCCGUUGAAAUUGACCCAGAGACAUAUGAUUUCAAAUAUGUCGCACAGUUCGACCGAAAAUUCCUCCUUCUUCUUUGGAAUAAGACGACUAGAAAAUUGGAAAUCUAUUUUGAUAUCAUUACGCGCCUGCAAAAAGUUUUGAAAGAACAGAUCACAUUGAAAAAGCUCAAUCCCAGUGAAAACUUCAUGGUGGCUGUUAAUGAGCCUAAAGGUUUGAUUGCAAUUUACGACAACAUCCGAGGGGCGUUUAGUGACUCUUAUGCUUUACAUUCACCACGCAAGCUUAAUGCGUACAGUUUUGACGAAGAGCGUACCAACCUUCACCUUCAACAUCGAAAUAUCCUGCUUCAGCAGUGGUAUAAUAACGAUAUUCCGGAAAUCGCCCACUUCUUCUUCAUCAAGAACACCGAAGACAUCUGUUUCGUAGAAAGAAAUGGUCGCGCGCGUGUCUAUAACUUCAUAAACGAUAGUUUCAAACCCGGAAUAGCUCAGAUACCUAUUAAUACUAGUCGGAUAAUGAGCACACCGGACGGUACUUGCUUUGUGGCAUUCGUAAAAGAGAGAAAGGAUGUCAAAGACUCAAGAGAACCUAAUAAAAAUUCCGAUGGAGACUCCGAAAUAACGCCGACAGAGGAUAACCCCGACAGUUCGGAAGAGUCAUCAAGCAAUGAUGAAGAUGAAAUAAUGGAAACGGAGGAAUCCGAUAGUGCGGCUAAGCCGGAUCAACAGCAAGACUCUAAUACAGAGGUCGUUCACGGAUACGUGUUUUUCUCCGAGAAAUUCAGCCAAGAUGCGAGUAAAAUAAUCGAAAUCCCAUUCGAAAAUCCAUCCAUCGAACUAUUUCAAUUCUCCUCAUUCGAAAUGCGACAAAUUCAUUUGACAACGAUUGACCAACAUAAUGGUUCUUUUCAAUCGGCGAUUAUCAAGAUCACUCAUGCAAAGACGAAAUAUCGAUUUGAAAGGCAAUCCGUAGAAAAAACUUUGGGAAGGAUGAAGAUCGAAGCUCGCGAUUUAUUCACAGUCCUUGGACAGAAUACGAAAUUUAGCAAAGAUGUUCACGUCGGCGAUUCGUUGAUUGUGGGAAAUGAAAAACACCAAGUUUCUGAAAUUAUUUCCGAUAGCAGACUGAGGAUUACCAAGCCGUUGGCCAAGUCUUUGAAUUAUGGAAAAUGGCAAGAUUUCGCAAUCGAACCAAAAACAAAAGUCAAUGGGUUGCUCGACGCAUAUUCCAUGGUAUUCACAAAAUAUGCGAUAUCAAGUCCAAUUGGCCGAAUGGACGAUCCUCUAACAUUAACGGUCGUAAUGGAACUUGCCUCGGUUAACAGAUCGGGCAUAAAUAAAUAUGAAGUCAAGUUUCAACGAUACAUCGAGAAAUUAUUUGAAAAGUUCAAGAAGGAUACUAAGAAACCUCUCGGUCAUCUUAAAAAUUUUCGCAUCCACUGUGCUACUAUAGAAUCCAUUACCGAAUUGGAAAACGAAUACACGGAGUAUCAAUUUGGCGACUGGAUUAUCGAGUUAUUCUGCCUGAUCCCUUUGCAAAUCGCCAUCACAAGAGAUAAUGAGUUCAUUCCACUUCGGGAUGGUGUAUAUUCUCCGGAGGUUGAACGAUCAGCAUUAGACGAUGGCUUUGGGCUCAUUGGAAGCGUAACGAAAUCUAUUUCAUUUGGGUGGUAUGAGUCCAUAUUCGAAUAUUUCUCUAGCCUUAAAGUGAAGGUCAUUUCUUCCAUGGGGGAACAAUCUUGCGGAUUGGCGAGUAUCGAGAGAUCACCGCAGGAGGAAACGUUUUUGCAACUUUUAAAUGCGGCACUUUCAAACCUCGUGAUUUUCAAGAGCCAGUUUGCAGUUAGUCGAGACAUUUCUUCCAUGUUUCAACGUUUUCAAGAUGGAACGAAUUAUUUCGGAGAUGAUCCUGACAUUUUUCAGGCACGCUUUUGCAUUGUUAUUAAGGACGUCGCAAAGUGUGACAGGAAUGAUAUCGUGGAAGAAUUUCAUUCAAAGUUUGCAAAAAUUGUUGACAAAGAGGAAGAAGAUAACUUUAUUACAAAGCUUUAUCGCAACAAGAUGACAAUAUUUCCUUGGCCAGUGUUCACAGAAUCAUCAUUUUACACAUCCAUUAAACAAUUUAAGAUUAAACUGGAUGAGCAAGAGUCUCAGUAUGAAAACGCUCGAAUGUUUGUGGAAAAAAUCAAGGAAACGUUAAUUACCAUGAGAACCCUAGAAUUAAGAAAACUCCUCAAAGAUGCGAUAUCUUUUGGUUACGAACAAAAAGAUGAUGAUCCGUUUUUAGAUUCAGAAGUCUCUCGAGAAGAUCCAUCAUCAGAUCAAACUAUCAAAUGCCUCAUGGGUCGAGACGACGGUAUCCCAAUCCCCGAUCAUGAUGUGCUACUUUCCGACACAUUUGCGCACGUCGAAAAAUCAGUUAAAUUAAUGCCUGACACUGGUCUCGUAUUGCUUAAAGAUAAAGGUGACUUUAUUGAAAUUUCAUCUGACUUAAGAGAAUAUUUUGAAAAACACGUUUACCCCCGUGGUUCCGUUCCUGACUCUGAAUGGAUAGUUCACCUGGAUAAUUUUUUCAAGUUAAUCAUAAAUCGUCGAACAAGGAGAUUACAAGAAUGGUUCACAAAGAACACUUCACGAUUUCCUAAAGAUCACAAUGAACUUCCAUGCGAAGAAAAUCAUUCAAUCCACAGAUGCGAGAACGAGGUGUGUCCAAUAGAAUGCCCAAUAGCGAAUUGCAGAGAACGUUGUGAAAGCAAUGAUCACUUUCAUGCUCUGAAGAAAGAUAUGAUUCAUUUUUGUGGGAAUGAGCAUCAAUGCCCCAAAGAAUGCGAGGAAAACGGGAUAUGUAAGAUCGUGACUGAACCGACUGCCAUUGUCAAAGAAGAAGCCGAAUACGUGAGCAAAGAUCCAACUGUCUGUGAAGGUCCAGGUGGAGGCAAAAAGGAAGGAGUAUUAGAACACAUCAACGCAAAUAUUAGCCCUUUCCCGCUAAGGAAAAAGGAUUACAUUUCUCAUCGUGUCUUUUGGGAACGAACCAAAUUUCAAGAUCCCUACUCUAAGGACGACCGUGAGGAAUUCAAGAAAUGUGAUCACGAAUGUGCCGACGAAAAGCAUCAUAAGAUUGACGAGUUCUCUGGAAAGGAACCAACGAAAUCGUAUUGCACACAAGAAAUUUUUCAUCCCACCUUGGAUCAUACCUCCAAACCCUCAACCGGAAUAGGUUAUAUUUCAACCGACGGCCAUCAGGUAAAUCGAGUCGUAUGCAGUAUGCCUCUGCAUUUGGCACAUUCUAACAUUAUUUUUGAAUCUCAGUUUUCUUGUGAGAAUCCCACAACAAAUGUUGGCGACUUUCAUAUUGUAUUUGUUGUGGAUCGAAGUGGCUCAAUGAGUUCUUCCGAUUGUAGUCCUCACGGGAAUAAUUUCAAGACAUCUUGUAUACAAAAAUCCCACAACAAUCGAUUGGGUGCAGUAUAUGAAGCGAUUUACACUUUCAUGGAAACUCGAAGGAACUCGAGAAAAGCGACACGUGCUGGUCAAAUGUCGGUGGACCGUGAUACUACAUCACUUAUUCUCUUUGACUACACUGCAGUAGUUGCGUUCGAAAAUAGGAACUUGUCGAAUUCCGAUGAGCUUUUGCAAAUAAUGCUGGGGUAUCAUCCAAAGGGUGAUAACUAUUAUCAUGAAGGAAUAAAAAAAGCAUCAGAAGUAAUUCAAACAUAUUACGAUCCUUUGAGGUAA